ACUUGCGCCGGCAAAAGGAAGAUGACAGGUGUAACUUCCGGCAUAAUUUAAUUUUGAUGAAAUCGGCAAAUUGAAGAAGAAAUCCGCUAAUUUUGUUUGUAACGUACAGGUGAAAGUAAUCUGGACCAGCCAUGUCGGCAUCUGCUGUAUAUUUGCUGGAUUCCAAGGGAAAGGUGCUGAUAUGUCGUAAUUAUAGAGGAGACAUUGACAUGUCAGUUAUUGACAAGUUCAUGUCUCUUUUAAUGGAAAGGGAAGAAGAUAUGAAUGCCUCCCCCAUCAUACAGCAUGGCAACACAACCUUUAUUUUCAUCAAGUAUAAUAGCUUGUAUUUGGUUGCCACAUCCAAAAAGAAUGCCAAUGUUACCAUGGUCUUCUCCUUCCUUCAUAAGCUAGUACAGGUAUUUAUUGAAUACUUCAAAGAACUUGAAGAGGAAAGCAUCAGAGAUAACUUUGUUCUAAUCUAUGAGCUACUAGAUGAAGUAAUGGAUUUUGGUUUUCCACAGACAACCGAUAGUAAAAUUCUUCAAGAAUUCAUUACCCAAGAGGGUCACAAGAUGGAGGUAGCACCCCGACCCCCACCUGCAGUCACCAAUGCUGUGUCAUGGCGAUCCGAGAAAAUCAAGUACAGGAAAAAUGAGGUGUUCCUUGAUGUCAUUGAAUCAGUAAAUCUACUAGUCAGUGCCAAUGGUAAUGUGCUUCGAAGUGAAAUUGUUGGAGCUGUGAAAAUGAGAGUGUACUUAUCAGGGAUGCCUGAGUUGAGACUGGGUCUCAAUGAUAAAGUGCUGUUUGAGAGUACAGGGCGUGGCAAGAGCAAGUCAGUGGAGCUUGAGGAUGUGAAAUUCCACCAAUGUGUCAGACUGUCAAGAUUUGAAAAUGACAGGACAAUUUCCUUCAUUCCACCAGAUGGAGAAUUUGAGUUAAUGUCUUACAGGUUGAACACUCAUGUGAAGCCAUUGAUUUGGGUUGAGUCUGUUAUUGAGAGGCAUGCCCAUAGCCGCGUUGAGUACAUGAUAAAGGCCAAGAGUCAGUUCAAGAGGAGAUCCACUGCCAACAACGUUGAGAUCAUCAUUCCAGUUCCUGCAGAUGCAGACUCACCCAAGUUCAAAACAACAGUUGGCAGCUGCAAAUAUGCUCCUGACAUGAAUGCAGUCAUUUGGACCAUCAAAUCAUUCCCUGGAGGCAAGGAGUACUUGAUGAGAGCACACUUUGGCUUACCUAGUGUUGUAGCUGAGGAGAGUGAGGGCAGGCCCCCGAUCCAUGUUAAAUUUGAGAUUCCUUACUUCACUGUAUCUGGCAUACAGGUGAGAUAUCUGAAGAUCAUUGAAAAGAGUGGAUACCAGGCUCUCCCAUGGGUACGCUACAUCACACAGAAUGGAGAUUAUCAGCUCAGGACGCAAUAGUGUCAAAAGAAGAACACGGACAAAAAAUGGAACAAAUCUAGAGAUGGCAAUGCAGCCAUUAAUGGCCAUUAAUUCUACUGUAGUGCUGUAAAUAUCAAAAAGAAAAUGUUUUGGUUUGCUUCCAUUAUAAAUGAGAAAAAUACUGAACAUUUUUUCUUAAACAUAUUAACCUUCUUUAAAAUUGAUACCAACUUAAAUCAGCCCAUGUAUAAGUUAUUAUAUAAAUACCAGGUUUUAAACAUGUUCCAGAUUAUUUAAAUCCUGGAUUCAUUCAUAUUUAAUGUUUUAAAACCUUUGUAUUUUUAAGAUUUUAAGAAGAAUCUUAAUUUGUGUUCCAAGAGAUCUUCAUGCACGCUUCAUUGUAUUUAAGUAUUUAUGGUAAUAUUAUGUCAUAAUUUCUGGUGGAAAAUAAAAAUCUCAGUAAUGUAUUAAUA